AUGCGAGUUGCCACUGGCAACUGCACCAAUUUCCAUUGGAGAUGGUCCCAGCCCCUGCAGCAGCCGCCCCUGGACCCCAGAAGCCGCCCCUGGACCCGGUACGCUCUGUGCUGCCUGUGCCUGUUGCUGCUUGUGCUUGUGCUGCCUGUGCCUGUUGCUGCCCGUGCCUGUGCUGCCCUGUGCUGUCUGUGCCUGUUGCUGCCUGUGCCUGUGCUGCCCGUGCCUGUGCUGCCCUGUGCUGCCCGUGCCUGUGCUGCCUGUGCCUGUUGCUGCCCGUGCCUGUGCUGCCCUGUGCUGCCCGUGCCUGUGCUGCCCGUGCCUGUGCUGCCCGUGCCUGUGCUGCCCGUGCCUGUGCUGCCCGUGCUUGUGCUGCCUGUGCCUGUUGCUGCCCGUGCCUGUGCUGCCCUGUGCUGCCCGUGCCUGUGCUGCCCGUGCCUGUGCUGCCCUGUGCUUGUGCUGCCUGUGCCUGUUGCUGCCCGUGCCUGUGCUGCCCGUGCCUGUGCUGCCUGUGCCUGUUGCUGCCCGUGCCUGUGCUGCCCUGUGCUGCCCGUGCCUGUGCUGCCCGUGCCUGUGCUGCCUGUGCCUGUUGCUGCCCGUGCCUGUGCUGCCCUUUGCUGCCUGUGCCUGUGCUGCCCGUGCCUGUGCUGCCCGUGCCUGUACUGCCCGUGCUUGUGCUGUCUGUGCCUGUUGCUGCCUGUGCCUGUGCUGCCCGUGCCUGUGCUGCCCGUGCCUGUGCUGCCCGUGCCUGUGCUGCCCGUGCGUGUGCUGCCCGUGCUUGUGCUGCCUGUGCCUGUUGCUGCCCGUGCCUGUGCUGCCCUGUGCUGCCUGUGCCUGUUGCUGCCUGUGCCUGUGCUGCCCGUGCCUGUGCUGCCCGUGCCUGUGCUGCCCGUGCCUAUGCUGCCCGUGCCUGUGCUGCCCUGUGCCGCCCGUGCCUGUGCUGCUUGUGCCUGGUGCUGCUCGUGCCUCAUGCUCGCGCCCUCGUGCGCACUGUUUCUGCUCUCCCCCCCCCCCCCCCGUUUGCGGAUUCCCAACGAUUAG